UCUGUUAUGGUUUACGUGCGAUUUGCCGGAUGUUUCGCGAGCGUCACGACGACAAUGAGGAGGCUGCGAGAAAGCGAUGGCCGCGGUGCGACGUCUGGCAAGGAAGUCUGCGCGGAGGGCGACCGGGAGGCAGCUGUGCCGCGAAGUCGCGCAAUCCCGAGAGAGGAAGAGGAUAGAGAAGAAAAGGAGAGAUGAACAAAGUGCGCAAAUGGAAGCUGAACAGAGACAGUGUCGAGAUUGGCAGUGCCGUCUUGCAGAGCGGCCGACAGAAAACAAGAAGCCUACGAUUUCCGCCACUCGAGCGUUCGGUUAACGUACAAGUGCGAGUGAAUCGACGUACGCUUCAAAGAUUCGUAAGACGGAGAAAGCGCGUGUAAGGAAGAGGAUCGUCUGAGACGACGGUCGAGAGACAGAGAGAAGGAACGGAGCGAGCGUGCGCCGGGGACUGUCAUGGAGGCAGAUCCGCCUGGCAGGAGGGUCUCGACCUGCAGUACUCGGCAUUACCUGCCAGCGCGUGAACCACGCCGGCAGCUAGCCAGUGUCUCCGAAGUCGCGGACUCCGAUGGGUCGCGGAGCUUGCACGAGUAGUAGCGCGUGGUGAGCGGUACCGAGAAGCUCGCCAGGGUACCAGGGAGCCUCCUCUAGAAACCGGAGCGCUUACACGACACGGGCGAGCGAGAGAUUCGCCAAGUGUGCGCGUUAACGUCGCGCGUCGCGCCGUGUCGGUGAAAAACGGCGUAACGCGCGCAUAUAAAUUCGCGGCCAGCCCGUACUCCGGGAGACGACCCGCGACGACGACGACGACGACGACGACGGCGACGACGAGGACGCCGGUGGGGAAGGUGGCGGGAGAGGCGCGAGCGGUCCCAGGAGAGCGACACGUCGCGAUACGAUCGAUCCGUCAAAAGCCGUGCAGUAGCGGCACGCAACCCAAGCGGCGGCGAACGCGCGAGACCGCCCGCCCGCUGGCGAUGGAGGAAAUGUGUUGCUCGUGACGUCACGGAAUUCCUCCUCGGUGCUGCUGCUGCUGCUGCUGCUACUGGAGUAAACGGCCGCGAGCACUUGUCAUCGUGCCUUCUUGUUCUCGCGUAGUCGAUACUCUCGCGGAUACUUGCGUUCUCUCCGUGGAGAAACCCUCGGAGGAGAGCGAGAGAGAGAGAGAAGAAGCGCGCGCAUUCGGUAUAUAACGACGGUAAAGCGUCGGAAACGGAGCAAGAGGAACGAAGUGAGAGAGGAAAGUAAGAAGAUAGAUAGAGCGAAAAGGAGAGCCGCGGAGGAGCGGUGGAGAAACGUGGGCGUUGAGUGAUUGUUGUCGGUGCUAGUUUCCAUCGGGAGUCAUGAGAGACACGAACGAUAUGAUGGAGGACGCCCUGUCGGAGGACACGAUGAUGGAUUGUGGAGGAGAUAGCGGAGAAGAUAGCGGAGGAUUGGAAGACUUCGUCAAUUUAUCCACUAAUAUCACGGAUAAUUCACGUACAAUACAAGAUGCCGCCGAACGGUUACUGACCUUGUUAGGCAUGGACGAAGACGAUGAGGACCUUCUGUCGUCGGAGGAGGAUGAGGGUGUUGAAGUAGACAUCGACGAGCUCGAGGAAGACGACGAGGAAACGGAUAAUACCAAAUUAUUGCAUCAACUCGCAGCCUCUUUAGCCCAGGAACUCAAAUAUUCCCAGAAACAGUCAUCGAGUAGCAGAGCGGCGUAUCAGGAUCAAAAUACGAUGCACAGCGUGGAGAUGUUGCAGGAUACGAGUUACCUUGGCCGCGGUUGCCUUCAGGAUCAAGUGGAUCAUCCAAAAACGUCUGUUCGUCAAAACAAUUUCGGUCACGAUGAUCUUGAUUUUUUUGACGAUCUCGACGAGCAAAACGCAAAUUUCACAAAGUUUACAAAUUUUGGAAACUUCCGUCAGGAACCACACGGUCGAACCCUUGAUUCUUCGAGUUUAGAUCAUCGCCUGUGGACGGACGAUUCAGGAUCCACGCAGGCUGCUGGAAAGUCCUUCAGCAACCAGCAGGAGCAGAAUCCCGAUUCCUGGACGGCAGGAUGGGACGCUUGCGCCACCGAGGCACUCCGAUAUCUCGUCGAGGACGAGGGUCUACCGCUUCAUCAUCCUACGGUUAUUGCCAUGAAAAAUCAUCUAGAUCUGCAGAGGGAGAGGGCGUUCAUUCAAUACACCGGGUAUACGGACAAGUCGCAAGACAUGAGUCUGCUCCUGGAUUGAUGAGGCUCUAGAAUUAAGGUAGAGAGCGAUUAAAUUUAUUUCUUGCGACGUAUCUCGUUGAAGAACUUUCGAGAGAGAGAAAUCUGAGAUAAAUUAAUCUUGUUAUUUAAAUAAAGCGAGCGUAAGAACAUGGCAUGUUGUGAAAUCGUUUGCGCAAGACUCUUCGCUUAUUUACAUUUUUCUUCUUUUGAAGAAAAAUUAUACUUUUCUUGAGUCCAUAAAGAUUCAUUUUGUACCAUAAAUAAUUCGACUACUAUCUGCUUUUCUUGAUUUUGCUACUUUCUUACAUUGCUGAGAGACAAUUAAUUGGAUAUAUUCAUUUGUUGAAACGUUGCGUUGAUUGUUAGACAUACAUUCUGACUGGAGCGUUAAUUUUUUGCUCGCAGACGUUGCGAGUUGGUUUUUCGGGAUCUUUCGACUAUUAUAAUAUUAUUGAAUAAAGCGUUCAUACGCUGGAUCGAUAUGAACGCCGUUUCUUUUUCGUAACGAGAUGUUCAAAACUUUGAAAUUCAUCAACGUGAACGUCUUAAUCAAGAACCAUGAAUCAUUAAAAGAAACUACUUCUAGCAAUUUUAGAAUCAUCGAACUGUAGAGAAACGUCCGGCGAAUCACAACUAGAAUUAUUCUUAAAACAAAUUCCUAGGUUAGCCUGUCGU